AUGGGAACUGAGGAUUGCAAUUACUCUGAAGCCAAAUCCCCGCUACUACUAAGUAAUGGAAGUGGUAGAUUCCGAUUCGGUCGCCGGAACUCGCUGAACUCGCUCCGGGCAGAAUUUGUCGCCAAACUCCCGCAGAAGCUUCAUGCUGCUGUUGAUCUUGAGUCUGACUCUCUUAUUAAUUUCUCCAAUAUCACUACGGCCACAAGCUUAUCGAAAGGAGAGAAAGAGUAUUAUGAAAAACAAGUUGCAGUGCUGAAAUCAUUUGCUGAAGUUGACUCCGUGGUUGAUGAAUCUAAUCACGAGGAAGAAGAAGAUAACGAAGAAGAACAAGCUCAGCAUGAGAAGGCCAUGAUGAUUUCAAAUUAUGCAAAUGUCAUAUUACUCGCCUUUAAGAUUUAUGUUACAAUAAAGAGUGGAUCCACAUCCAUAGCUGCAUCAACACUAGAUUCCUUACUUGAUCUUAUAGCUGGUAUUAUACUUUGGAUGACUCAUCUAUCUAUGAAGAAUGUGAAUAUCUACAAGUAUCCCAUAGGUAAAUUGAGGGUUCAGCCUGUCGGAAUUAUCAUCUUUGCUGCUGUCAUGGCCACUCUUGGUAUAAUACAUUAUAUUGAGAUUUUGAAUGACUAA